CUUCCUCCAUUCCUACUGCAAUUGAGAUCGAAAUCUUUUUCCGAUUCUAUCUAUACAACUUGACAAUUGAGAUCGAAAUCCUUUCCGGUUCUAUACAACUCGACAAUUUCAACUAUGGCACCUCCUCCUUCAGCUGUCGCAGACGAUGCGAUCCUUUCGAAUGGGUACAGCGACGACGAAACACUUCUACGGAGAAAUCCGGUCAGCGCUCAGUGGAUCAUUCAGAAGUUCGGAGGUACUUCGCUCGGGAAGUUUGCAGAGGGGAUUGCCGAGGAUAUCGUCAAGCCCAGCACUGACAACCAUCGUAUCGCGAUCGUCUGCUCGGCCCUUAGCACCGGAACCAAAGCGGAGGGCACAACCUCGCGCCUCCUCCGGGCGGCCGCCGCAGCGCUCCACCCACGUUCUAAGGAACAUAAUGAGAUCGUCGCCGCGAUCGCUUCGGACCACCUGGCCGCCGCGAAAGAGUUGAUCUCCUCUGCCGAGCUGCAGGCCGAAUACGCCGCCUCAGUGGAAGCCGAAUGCACCCGCCUGCUCUCAUUCCUCUCGGCUGCCCAAGUCCUCGACGAGAUUUCGCCGAAGACGAAGGACAUCAUCAUCGGCGCCGGCGAGAAGCUAAGCUGUCUCUUCAUGACGGCGCUAUUACGGGACCGCGGAGUGGACGCUGAAUACGUCAACCUGGAGAACAUAAUCCACCCCGCCUCUACCGGCGCAGCCCUCACGCAGGAAUUCUAUACCGAUGUGGGCCUUUCGAUUGCGGAGAGGGUGCGUGCGUGCGGAGACCGCAUCCCAGUUGUCACAGGCUUCUUCGGCACCGUGCCCGGCUCGCUGCUGGCGAGCAUCGGGCGCGGGUACACGGACCUGUGUGCGGCGCUGCUGGCUGUGGGCAUAGGCGCGGAAGAACUACAGGUGUGGAAAGAGGUGGACGGGAUCUUCACCGCGGACCCGCGCAAGGUUCCGCAGGCACAGCUUAUCCCGGUGAUCACACCCGAGGAGACGGCGGAGCUCACCUACUGGGGCUCGGAGGUCAUCCACCCCUUCACGAUGGAACAGGUCAUCGGUGCGAAAAUCCCCAUCCGCGUCAAGAACGUGAUGAAUCCUGCGGGUCAUGGAACCGUCAUCUUCCCGGACGACCUCAUGGAGGGGAUGCCUUCUCCCGCUGCGGUGCUCAAGCCGAGGUUUAAACGCCCCACUGCUGUCACUACGAAGACCGACAUCACUAUCCUCAACGUCCGCAGCAAUAGAAAGAACUUGUCGCAUGGAUUCUUGGCGGGUAUCUUUAGGAUCCUCGAUUCGAGACGGCUUACGGUGGACAUGAUCUCGACGAGCGAGGUGCACGUGUCCAUGGCGCUGCAUACAGACACGCCGGCACGGCAAGUGGCGGUCAUGGUUGCGGCAAAGGAAUUGGAGAACUGGGGCACCGUCGAUAUUUCUAGAGGAUUGACGAUUCUGGCGGUGGUCGGGAAGCACAUGAAGAAAAUGGUUGGAGUUGCCGGAAAGAUGUUUCAGACUCUGGCGCAGUCGGGUGUCAAUAUUGAGAUGAUCUCGCAGGGUGCGAACGAAAUCAACAUCUCGUGCAUAGUCAAGGAGCACGAUGCCCUCAAGGCGAUGACGAUUCUGCAUACGAGAUUAUUUCUAUACAGUGAGGACGACGCAUAGGUAUCCACGGGUUGAUGAUGGUUGGCUGGCCAGCGGGAGUUUUGUUUUACGGACUAUAUCCUUGGGUUUAGGUUUUUCUGUUUGGGGUAAAAGCAAGUAUAUGGACUAGGUUUGAUUUGGCCUGUUAGAAGGAUUUAAGGCCAGUUUGGACAGCCUCAGUUUUAGCUAAAACUGUCAGCUUUUCGAGGAACUGAGCAAAUGGAACUAAGACCCCGUUUGGAUGGCACAAAAACUUAAAAAAAAAACCCUGAAACUGUGCGGCUCCAGCGACGAAACUGGUAC